UCAUUAUACAAUUAUAAAGUACAAAGCGUGCUCGAGUUUGUUGUUGCAAUAAAUUAUUAAAUUUAAUAUAAAUUGGGACUUCGUAAAGUGACGAAUCAGUGGAAUCGAUCAAGAUGUCUCGUGAACUAAUCGUAUUAUAUAUCGUAUUGUUAGUUGCUGUCUCAGUUCACGGUAGACCUAAGAGCUACGUCUACAAAAAUGCAACUAUGCCAGAAAAUUGCCAGAGGAAUUAUUGCUUCGACAAGAGUGAUGAAUAUCCUUCUGCAGAUGUAAUAAAUAGCAUAGUGAACGAUUUCAACAUCACUGUACAUAGUGCAUACUUUAAACAACGCAUAGGCUUUUGUAGCAGUGAAAAUUCUGAUUGCGAAUUAGAUUCACACAACGAACCCAUAUAUGAAAUAAUAGACGAGGCCGGAAAUAUUCGAUAUGUUGUACAAGCAGAGAAAUUGAAACAACUCAUCAAUAUUAUUGAAUGCAUACGCCCUGGUCGUCUGACAAGUGAUGACGAUGCACUCCACUUCAGCGCAACCGACCUGAGUAAAUUGUCCUGUGAAGAAACGUACAUAGAAUACGAAUUCUUGGUAUUCACACAAAAUGGCGGAAUCGAAAAUGCUAAAGUCAAAGAUGGCUUACCAGUGUGUUGUUCUUGUAGAUAUAUAGGAAACAAUAGUUAAUUAUAUAAAUAUCUGUUAGAUAUGUUAUUGUAAAAAUAAUAGGGAAAUAAAUGAAUACUCCAAAGUAAAAUAUAGAGUGUUUGUAUAAUGCCAAAGACAAUAUGGUUUUAUGUUACUAGAAAACCUACUCGAAAUCAAAAAAAUAGGUUAGGUUAGGUUAGAUUUGAUGAAAGGCCAAAAAAUAUGUUUUUUUUUUUAUAAAUUUCUUACAUUUUUACUUUUUUGCUAAAUAAUGAUAUCGUUUUUGUCAUGUUUAAUUCUGUAAUAAUUAUUUGACAUACAAUUUAAUUAUUUUUAUUGAUAUUUUUACAUUUUAUUAUUAUUAUUGACAUUGUUUUUAUUGUUAUAAGUUAUUAUUACUUUAAUUUUAUAUUGUACAUGCCGAUAUGGUAGAAUGUGGAAUAAUGGACAUGUAAAUAAUAUUUUCAUCUAAUAUAUGUACCCAUAUUCGUGCAAUAAAUGAUUUGAAUUUGAAAAUUUGUAAAAUUGACUAUACUUGUGAAACAUUGUGUCUUGAUAAUCCCUUUAUGGACUCUCGCGAUACAAGUUCGCCUAGUGCGGGGUCCAAUGUACUUCUAUCGUAUAUUCCUUAUGUUUAAUAAAUAAAUAAAAUUUUUAACUCAUGUUGGAAAACCGUAAGAUUUACUGGUAAAAUUUAUUUAUUUAUUUAACACUUUAUUGCACCAAUAUUAUUGGUAAGUCCAAUUUGCAGAAUUUUCAAUAAACAUAAUAUAGUAUAUAAAACCAAAGACUUACCAAUGUACGAGCUUUUACAGUGACAUAUAUACUGCAUUAUUAUUACACAAUAAUUAAUUUAAUUUAAAUUAAUUUAAUUAAGUUACUUAUUAAUGCCUCAUAAUAUAAAUGCACCCAAUAUGAUGGGCAAUGUGCAACUCAAUAUAAUUUAAAUGUAAUUAUAUUUUAAAUUGUUUCUAUUUAUUUUAUUUAAAAAAUCAAUCGUUGCACAUUACAUCUAGUAAUAAUUAUAUUUAGUAUAAAUAUGUAUGUAUGUAUGUAUAUAUGUGUAUGUGUGUGAUGUGUAUACAUAUAUGUACAUUGUUAAUAGAUAAUAAUGUACAUUUCAUGUAAUAACAAUUGUAAACUCUUUGUAUUUUGUCUCUUAAAAUAUUUUGUAUUUAAUUUAUUAAAAAUUAUAUAAAUAAUGAUUAUAUAGGUAUAACAGAGUGCAACAAUAUACACCUAAAGACUUUUAGAUGAAUAAUACAUAAGCCACUGUACAUUUGAUACGUCCUAAUUCGCGCAAGCUUCUCACAACUUUUAAACAUAACUAGUAAUACCUAAGCUCUAUAUUAUAAUAAAUAUUAUUGCAUAUCAA